AUGGAAAUGAGCGCAGAAAAAAAUGUUACACUAUCAAAAGUAAUCAUAAUUGUUAAAGGUUUGAAAUCGGCAAUUGUAAAGUUUAAGCAAGUAAUAACAAAUCCAGGAGCAAAUGCGUUAAUAAUUCAUUAUGAAAAAGAAAUAUCUGAAAGGUUUUCGACUGUCGAAACUAAUAAUUUAAUGGCAAAGUGUUUUAUGUUAGAUCCUAGAUUUAAAUCUAAAGUGUUCAGUUCUGAUCAAACUAUUAAUAUGGCUAAAGACUGGCUAGAAACGGACGUAGCUCGAAUGAUAAGCGUAAAACGUCGACAUAAUGAUAAUACCAAUACUAACGAUGGUAACACCGCAGAUUGUGAAAACUUAAUGGAUUAA